AUGGGUUCUCUCCCUUCUCCCGAGUACGACGCGAUCAUCGUGGGUGCUGGCUUUGCCGGAUGUUACGCCCUUGACCAGCUGCGCAAAGCCGGCUUCAAGACGCUCGUUCUUGAUGACGCGGCCGAUCUAGGCGGUGUCUGGUACUGGAAUUGCUAUGCCGGAGCUCGUGUCGACACGCCAGUUCCUCUGUACGAGUUCUCAGAGGAGGAAAUCUGGAGACCGUGGACUUGGUCCGAGAAGUAUCCAGGUCGCGAUGAGAUCCGCAACUACUUCAACCACGUCGAAUCCAAGCUCCAUCUUAAGAAGGAUGUGCGAUUCAAUACUCGAGUCGUCAGUGCUGAAUUCGACCAAAGCGAGAACCAGUGGACCAUUGUUACCAAGGGCCAGACUGUGUUUAGAUCUCGAUACUUCAUCCUUUGCACCGGAUUUGCGGCGAAGCCGAACAUUCCGGACAUCAAGGGGUUGGAUUCGUUCGCCGGCAUAUGCUGCCACACCUCCAAGUGGCCUCAGGGAGGCAUUGACUUCAAGGGCAAACGAGUUGGCAUCGUCGGAAACGGCUCCAGUGGACUUCAGGUCAUCCAGGAGAUUGCUCCUGAGGUUGAACAUCUGACAGUCUUCCAACGCAGCCCUACUUAUGCCCUUCCAAUGCACCAAACGCCUCUUUCCGAAGAAGACCAGAAAAAUGAGACCUACCAGGCUCUUUACGAUCUUCGUAAGAAGACCUUCGCAGGCCUCGACUUCGAAUUCAACCCCGCGAUCUGUGCUGAUGCUACGGCGGAUGAACGGCAGGCAUUCUUCGAGAAGAUUUGGGCCAAGGGUGGACUUUCGUUUUGGCUCGGCACCUACCAAGAUGUCAUCAGAAACAAGGAAGCAAACCAGCAUGCGUAUGAGUUCUGGCGCAGCAAGGUUUUGGAGAGGGUGCACAAGCCAGAGAUGCAAGACCUGCUGGCGCCAGCAAAGCCGCCGUACUAUUUUGGAACCAAACGGGCUACCCUUGAACAGCGGUACUACGAAGUCUACAAUCGCGACAAUGCCACCUUGAUUGACACCAAGACAAACCCCAUCGCCGAGGUUGUUCCGGACGGCGUCUUCACUGCUGAUGGAGAGCUCCGCAAGUUUGACGUCCUCAUCCUCGCAACUGGUUUCGACUCGGUGACUGGAGGCAUUCUCGCCAUCGACAUUAAGGGCACGAAGGGGCAAUCUUUGAAGGAGAAAUGGGCCAAGGGCACUACCACUCAUCUCGGGAUGAUGACAUCGGAAUUUCCAAACGCCUUCUUCAUCUACGGGCCGCAAGGGCCUACGUCUUUCUGCAAUGGGCCUACUUGCGCAGAGCUCCAGGGCAAUUGGAUUCGGGAUACGUUGGUUUUCCUGCGCGAGCACGGCAAGACUUGUAUCGAACCUAAUCAGGAGGCUGAACAAGCUUGGAGACAACUUGUUAACAACAUUGGAGACGCCACCCUCUUGCCACAGACCCAGUCUGAGUACAUGGGUACCAACAUCCCCGGAAAACCCAAAGAAAUGCUCAAUUUCUUGGGCGGAUUGGUUGAGUACACCCGACACAUUACUGAGUCGCAAACCAAUGAUCUGAGGGAUUUCAAGCUUCAGUAA